AUGGCCAGUCUUGCCCACAACUUGGAUGACGAUGUCGCCGCCCAGGAGCGCCUGCUGAGCGUGCAGGACGGCGAGGCAAGCUACGGUCCCACCGACGACGAGGAUGACGAAGCCAAGAGCUUGCCGCUGACCGCUGAUGACAAGCGUGACAUGGCGGCCUUUUGGAUCCUCGGUCUCUGCAACAACUUUGGCUACGUGAUCAUGUUGAGCGGUGCAAACGACAUGCUCAGCAAGUUUGAUCCCAAUCUGGGCACGGGCGUGGUGCUGUUGUGCGACAUCAUCCCGACCCUCAUUAUCAAACCAAUCGCCCCGUUAUUGCUUGCCCCCCUGCCCUACUCGCUCCGUGUCAAUAUUGCCAUUCUCUUUGCUCUUGCCGCCUUUCUUCUGGUCGCCUUUGCCAAAUCGGUCGAAAUUAGCUUGCUUGGCGUCAUUUGUGCCAGCAUUUCCUCCGGUCUGGGCGAGGUCACAAUUUUGGCCUUUAGCUCCAUGUUCAACAAGCGUGUCAUUUCCGCCUGGUCCUCUGGCACGGGUGCUGCCGGCGCAAUCGGCGCCGCAUCAUACUUGGGAUUGACGGCGCUCAUGUCCCCCGCCGACGCGUGUCUUUCAAUGACGUUUGUGCCGGCCCUUAUGCUCGCCGCUUACUACUUGCUCCUAUCCAAACGCCCAGAGGGCAAGCAGCGCCCUUCCAUGCGCAGUCAACUGUCCAAUAGCGACAAGGUCUGUCCGGCCCGAGACUCAGGCAUCCCGAUACUCCAGUCCUCAUGGCGCAUUUUCCGGCAACUCUUGCCUCGCUACAUGGUUCCGCUGUUCCUGGUGUACUUUGCCGAAUACUGCAUCAAUCAGGGUUUGUACGAGCACAUGCUUUUCAAAGACCACCACGUCUUCUCCAAGGCGGCCCAAUAUCGUCUAUACCAGACCCUAUACCAGAUUGGCGUAUUUCUUUCGCGCAGCUCCGUGCAAUUCUUCCCCGUGAAGCGUCUGUGGAUCCCCACGGCGCUGCAGUGCGUCAACUUUGUCCUCCUAGCCAUCGACACGGAGUUGCAGCUCGUGCCAUCCAUAUGGAUUUUCUGUGUCUGGAUCUUUUACGAAGGCCUCUUGGGUGGCCUGGCAUACGUCAACGCCUUUUAUCUCAUUUCCAAGAACACAGCGCCCAAUGACAAAGAGUUUGCCAUGGGUAUUACUUCAGUGGCCGAUGCCACUGGCAUUGCACUGGCGGGAGCCGUCAGUCUUGGCCUCAAUGCAGCCUUCCGCCACAAGACAGCGCGAUAAUCGGCUCGAAUAGCCCGAGUGCUUGGCGUUGGCGAUGGGGCCUGCUCCGAUAUACCCAUCGUCGUCUCCUUUUCGUUCCAUGUCGUGGUGUUGCCCCCUUUCCUUUCCCCUUUCCUUUCUUGUUUUAGGUUCUGUGAUUGAUCCAUGUCAGAAUAGAUUUACAAUUGU